AUUCAGUUCGGCCUUGACAUUUUUAUAUUAUGAGGGUGGCUCAUAAUGAUUUAGCACGCUGCACCCAUGAAUUAUAUAUGCAUUUCGUACUUCACACUUCACCUCUCCAGCCUGCAAUUGGUUGGUUGGUUGGUUGGUUGAUAUUAACGUCUUCUGUUCGAUUACUAUGUUGACGGAUCCGUCGACGCCAAAACCUUCGACCAUUGCGUCGCCCACGGGCCAUUACGGUCAUCUUCCUGUCCUACAAACGCGAAUUUGGACCGUAGGAAGCACCCAACCAAUCACUUCGGGGGGGCCAAAUGGAACCCAACGAGACUGGCACCUUCCACCAUCACACGCUCGCACGCUCCGACCAGAGAAAGCCUUCAUGAGUCAAGCCGACCAGUCAAGCCGACCAGUCACAUCGACUCGUCAUAAUGUGGAACCUCACACAGAGUCAAUACACAGAGUCAAUACACAGAAGAGUCAUCACGUUGCAUGGGACUCAUCGACAUUCAAAAAAAAUACAAAAUAUAUAAUAAGCAUAGUCUGCGAGCCCUUCAGAGAGAAGACGGCCGCCAGUGUCAGGAAAGAUCCUAUAAAGACAGGAACCCUACAUCAUCCAUUACCAAACUCAAAUCGCAUCGCUAACAGUCCGUUACCAGGAGGAGUCAAUCAACCCAAAGGGAGACUACGCUCCGGCCGGGAGAAGAAAAAGCAAAGAAAAUGGUCCCUUUAACAACCUGCACCCAAUAGUGGGUGAGGUGAGAGGCAACCGAAUCAGGAGGAGAGGAUAACAAGAAAUCAGUGCUUUUUGAGGCAUGGCGAAAGUUUCCCUUCACCAGCUCCGGUGCAACAUUCAACAAGCAGGAG